AUGUCGUCUACAGGACCGGUUUUUUGGAUCUGCUGUAUGUGUUCUGAUGAAACGCCCGGACUACCGAUCGAGUUUUCCCACUGUACAGGAUGCGGUACCUGUUCCAUCGAGUACGCGAGAAUAAGUCCAUCAACUCCAACACCGUCCGUGACGAGAACUUUGGGAUCUACUACUUCUACAUCUGGUCAAUUUACUACAUCGACUAAUCAAUCUACUACCUCGGCUGCUCAAUUUGCUGCUACUUACAGACCAUUCGUCAACAUUUAUGGUGGACCUCUAAGCCAAGAAUUCUUGGACAUCACGCCCAGUGCGGAUGCGGUGUCCCGACUCCAGCAUUCGACCAGGAGAAGGGGAGAUCAUGACAGUUCCCUGACCUCUCAACAUGCCAUCGCGGCCGAAUCACACGAAGUAAAACCUGAACGCACAAAUGGAAAACGAGACCUUUUGGAAACUAAAAAGUUUCAAGUCGAAAAUAAGCAUGCUGGGAUGAAUUUCAUAAAUGACAAUUUAGAUACCAAAUCAAACCAUGAGAGUGGGUGUGGCAACCUGGAACAUCGAGACUAUAUGAACCUACGACAGCACUCUGGAUCUAUGGCGAGUCCAAAGCUCGAGAACCCACUGGGACUCCCCGAAUCAUCACGUGAAGCAUAUCAACGGCUCGAAAACAUUCAUCCAGUUAGCAACCAUGUGUCGAGAAACAAUGAUACGUCAGCGCUUGAGAUGUUCGUCAAUGAUCCGGCUUUGUACUUCAAAGAGGUUUCUACUCUUGAACACAGAGUUAUUCAAUUGGGAGAUAAGACCUUUAAAAAAAUCAAGAUAAUUUAUUAUAGCAUGGUCAUUCCUUUACGAAACUUCGAUCUUGUGACAGAAACGCCCAAGUUCUCUCUUCUCCCCGUUGACCAGCGACCGGAAAAAUAUGGUUUCUACAUUGAAAUUGUGGCUAGCAUGGAAACCUUAUCCUCGACAAUAGGAGGCGCAAAGUUAUUACAGAAUGAAAGGUUUUGCAGUGGCCCAACGUAUAAUAUCAUUGUGGCGGAUGCUGAUCGACCUAAAGUCCUGAACGUUCGGCAGAUUAGUAUGCCCACUUUAGCCCUGCUACUCGAACUCCUCAGGGAAGCGGCCUUGAACUUCCAUCAAAAGAAUACCAUUCUAGAGGAUAUCGCGGAAAUGUUAUUCUACAUUGUUGCAAGCCUUGGUCUGGGCAUUCCUCCAACAGCAGUGGCUGUUGAUGGGGAAAAUGGCAAGCGACAACAAGAUAUUUGCCAUUUAUUGACAUCUGUACAAGCUGUACUACAUAUUGCAUUGUUGUCAUUUGUUAGAUUGCAUAUUGAUGAUUCGGGGUACACACCGAAUGGAUCGUUUAAUGAUGGGCUGCACAUCGAAACUCCUGGUGGUGAAAUAUUCUUAGCAGCUAGACGCUUACGGUGCUUGAAUGGGCUUCUAAAACAGCCAGUGUGGGCUUUCAACUUUAUACCAACACACUCAAAGUUAUCCAAAGUGGAAUUCGAUGGCUUUUAUCUCUCUUCGUCAAUAGAUGAUCUGGCAGAGUUAUGGGGUCCUUUCAGAUUUGAAAAAUCAAGAGCAUCGACUGUGAGUUCAAUUGAGACCCGUGGUGGUAGGCUCUUGAGCAUCGCACACCACACAUGCCCGCUCCAACCUCUAGAAUCUGAAACACUUUGUCAUUGGUAUAGCUGGAUGGAAACAGAAUCCAUCGAAAAUUCAACCUUCAUUGACACAACCAAACUCCUCUUGAUUGGUGUACAGGAUCCACAAAAUACGGUUAGGAAAUAUUCGAAAUCACCCAAGUUCAACGAGAUGAAUAUGUGCAGGUGUCACGAUAUAUAUAGCCUUCGCUAUGGCGAAUUUGAGCUUAGCACCCAAGCACCUUCCUGGACGUUGAAAGAAAGAACAAUGCAGGCUUCCGGUGGCCAAUACCUCAACGUUACUUUAGGACUUACUUAUAAAUUCGAUGCAGGCUGGACUUUAAAAGAUGUAAUACUUGAAGAUUGGGUUGAUGCAAUCAAAACUGAUUUAUCUCAUAUCCCGAAUCCGGAUUAUAUGGAUCAUAUGGAUUAUCUUGUCGUUUUGGAUGUUAGUCGUUGUUCUGGACACGCACGAAGAAUUAGUUUAUGGACAGUCCUCAAGCAUACUAGCAUUCGCCACCACAUAUGUCGAAACUUGGAGAAGGAUGACUUCCAGAUGCUCACGACCAUGCUCGAGGAGUUCUCCCUUGAUCAAUCAUUUUCUGCGAUCUGGUCAAUCCUAUCAUCAAAUAAAAGGAAGCUCUUCAUGUCGAGUUUCAGAGCGAUAUUGAAAACACUGAGAUCUACGGGUGUUGGGGAAGAUAAACUUUUGCAGGCAUGGGAUCUCACAUCUCAUGAUCGCAUCGACGGAAGAAAACUAAAUCCUGGCUGGUCAUCUUUUGUGAAAGAUGAUAUAGGGUCUGCAACCUUUGUUAUCAUCACAGAGACCUGCCGUACAUACGAAUCUUCGCAUCAAGAGGGAGAUCGAUUCAAUACCGACAUGUUUCUCCACACGCAAAUAUGCAUCACAGCCAAACAAAGGCUAGAAAAGGUCUACGCAGCUUUCAAAGAAGAUGAGAUAGAGGAAAAAGAAGCCGAAUCCAUUCCAUCGGCGAAAUUCUUACCCACGUGGAGCGUCAACAGGUCUCAACCAACUGAUUUUAAGCCUCGUCAGUCAACAGAAAAGGUUCAAUCUGACGCCAAAAAGAAACUGUUCGAGCGCAUACAACAUCGUCAGAUGAUGAGACAGAUGAUGAGAUCGUUGACACCUGGUAACUUGGAUAUAAACGGUGUGGCUGAGCAAGCCGAUGCAUCUAUGCCCAUGCAAUCGGGUGCAUUUUCCACUGGAAAUGAUACACCCACAGUGGCUGGCCAAUAUCUGUUUAAUGAAAAAUAUUCGUUAACAGAACGCUAUGAUCUGAGCCUUAAAAGACACAAUGCCUUGGAGAAAGCUAUUUGCAACGCCACAUUUACUUUCAGAAAUGUCAAAGGCAAGAAAGUGGGAAUAUUAUUACUAGACUCCCUGCAAGGACCAGCAAAAUCAAUCGAUUUGAAGACACUCUCCUGA